AUGAAACUGACUGAUGAAUUAACAAAAAUAGUUUCACCAGAUUCUGGACAAAAACCAACAACACAACAAUUGGAAAAUCUCUUUGAAAAUCUUCCAUCAGUAAUUAAAGAUAAAUUACCAAGAGAAAAAUUAGAUAGUGUGAAAAAUCUAGUAAAUCAAUUGAAAAGCGUAAACGAUGAACAAGUAGAAAAGCAUGAACAAAUAGAGAGUGAAAAAACAGAAUUAUAA